AGAAGAAACAAGGGGAAAGAGAACAACUGAAAGCUGUUGAGACAGCCACGUCGUUCUUGAUUGGACGAGUGUGUUGUUUUCUUUCCUCAAAUUUCCUCCUUAACAAACAUGGCCUCCUUCACUGGCACCACCCAGAAAUGCAGUGCUUGCCAGAAGACCGUGUAUCUGGUCGAUCGCCUCGCUACUGGCGACCGCGUCUUCCACAGGGCCUGCUUCCGCUGCCAUCACUGCAAAGGCACCCUCAAGCUCGGAAACUACAACUCUUUCGAGGGGGUGCUCUACUGCAGGCCCCACUAUGAUCAGCUCCUCAAGAGGACUGGCAGCCUCGCCAAGAGCUUCAAUGGAACACCAAAGGUAGUCAAGACAGAAAAGCCUCUAGAAAACGAGAAUGCAGCCAUGAUCGCAUGCAUGUUUAAUGGAACCAUGGAGAGAUGCAUCGGUUGUGUUAAGACUGUUUAUCCCAUUGAAAAGGUUACUGUGAAUGGGGCUGCAUACCACAAGAGCUGCUUCAAAUGCAGCUACGGAGGGUGCACGAUAAGCCCAUCCAACUACAUUGCGCAUGAGGGUGUGCUCUUCUGCAAACACCACCACAUGCAGCUCAUCAAGGCUAAGGGAAACCUCAGCCAGCUCGAGAGCGAAUCCAUCAAAGAAUCAGCACCGGUCGCCCCAACUUUUGUUGCUGAGGUUGAAUUUCAAGAUGACGAAGCUGAAGCUGAAGCCGAACCUCAAUGCUGACAAUUUGUUUCCACCUCAAUGCUGAUCUGUUUCUUUAGUUGAGAUUUUUUUUUCUUUUUCGGAUGUGAAUUUUGACAUGAUUGGUAGAUGGGUUUUGAUGUAAAUUGUAUUUUCGUUAAUAUAAUUGGACGUCCCCUUUUAUCCUUAA